UUUUUUUGUGGUAAUGGAGUUUGAAUUUAGGGCCCUGAGCUUUCUGGGCAGGCACUCUACCACUUGAGUCACUCUCCCAGCCCACAACAAUCUAAUGAUGCAUAAAAAUGGCCCUUCAGAUUCUGCAAACCCUAGUUUUUCAGACUUCUGAUCUUCAUAGAACCAUUUGUAUUACCCAAUAAAUACCCUGGAUUUCAUAAACGUAGAAACCAUCCCAAUUUAGUGAUCUCAUAGUAGCUAUUAUCCUUCCAAUCAUAUUGCACUCACCAAAACUGUAUGCCAUAUAGCAUACCUCUUAAAGCUCUCUGGAGUUCUGAAUGUCAAGUGCUACUACAGUUUUCUCUAUUCCUUUAUUUGUUAUGGGAUUGAGGACUUUGAAUCUAUAUAUCAAAUAAUAUUAAACACGCUAGAGAUACUUGCAAGAACUCGGAAUAAAGCUCGUCUUAUUGUGCAAACUUAUUCUGUAAUACCUUGAUUCAUCUGUUUUAUAAGGUGUUAAAAAUAGUUUCUUGUUAGCAAGGAACUAGAUGCCCAUUUCUCUGAAUCUAUAAUAGCCGGGCACCCCUAGGGGGCGCUCCCUUUCAUAAAAUAUAAGCGGAUGGGCAUGCUUUAUGGCUGUGACCUCAAGGGAAAACUUCAGCCCACGAGGAGUUUGAGUUAGGUUAUAGAACCUAUUGAGGCUCAAAGUCUUUGAAGUAUGUCUGCUAUGAGCCUAAGUCCUUCCCAUGCACCCAGAGUUCUCAAAGCAAAGACUAGGAGAGGAGCAUGUCACAUGCUCCACGAAGACUCUCCGUGAUGGUCUUGUGGUUGACCCAGCAAAAGGGGAUGAGUUUACAAUGUCCAUGUGACGGUCAAUAUAGAAUUAAAUGGGUCUGAAUUCUGGACAAAACGUGUUGGGUGCCUCCUUUCUGUUGGGCAAAAGUUAAUCCCAACACCCGCUGCAAUCGACUCAUUUUUAGGAGUAAAGCGUCAGACUCGCUGUCAGUCCAGACGGGCAGUUAUCAUAAAUGUGAUGAGUCGGGUCCUAAAGCGGAGGGGACUUUGACUUAAGCUGGUGUAUACCACAGGAUUUCCGGCUCUGUGGUCCAGACAGUUCUUGUGACCCUUUCGUCCUCAUAAGUGUAACCACAAUUCCCUGGAGUGAUGAACCUCCCAAUUAAUUCAGUUUGCUUUUGGCUCAUCUUCGACCUUUGGCAUCAAAUUGACGGGGAGCUAUUUGUUUUUCUAAAGCUGUAUUAGGGAAAAGCAAUUACAUGUGGGAUCAGACAUCAAAUAGGUUUCUAAAUUCUGCAGCUCUGGAUAGGCAGCCGCAUUUCAGGGUUUGAGGAGGGCUGUCCUACGGAAACCCAGGGUUUGGGAUCCUGAGCGGGCGGCGCGGCUCCAGCUGCCCCCGGGGCGCCGAGCAGCCCGGGCCUGGCCGCGCUCCGCCCCCGACCGGGUGGCUGCGGUGCCCGGGUGAGCGUGCGAGGCGGCGUGUCUGCGCACGGGUGCGACCGUGGGUGAGAAAUGAUCUGGGGCCACACGACUGGGUGUUUCCUUCCGAGUGGUUUUGAUCAGCAAUCCAUGAGGCGAUCAUGGAAACUUUUUUUUUUUUCCUGGCUAAAAGGAUGAAAACUGACUGAGACGGAGCUGGACUCCUUUAUUGCGAGCUAAAGGAUGUUGUGGAAAUAAGGCAUUACCGGAAGCAACAGUUUGGCAGCCUGGGAUGCGCUCGGAUUAUUAGUUACAACUACUAUUAUUUUAGUAUCUUUUUUUUAAAACCCUGCUCAGUCACUUUUUUACUGACCUCCAUGGAAGGGAUCUUAUUAACCAUCUAUGACUUUCGGGACGUUUGAUCCUUUGGCAUGACACUUUGGAAAGGUCUUAAGUGGAGAUGGAGCAAACUUGAUUGCAGUUGUGGAAAAGGAAGACAGAUUUGUGUUCUCCAUGCUGACAACAGCUAGCUGCUAUGACUUUUCCGGCAACGUGGACAGGGGCCAAGAGAAGCUGAACUGGUCAUGGUCUGUCGCCCAGUGUUCCUUUGUCGUCGGCGAUUUUGCCCCCGGCCCUUCUUGGUGGGCUUGGUGGUGGCAAUCUGUCUCUUCUACCAGACCCUGACACUUCGGGGGAUGAGGAAGCUCACAUCCACUGUUCCCCCCACGCCCACCGAAACCCAGGCAAGCAGAUGCAGGAAAGGACACCCACAGGAUACACAGUGCUAUCUUCUCUCCGGCAACGCACAGGAAACCAGGAAGAUUGAAGAAUCAAUUGAGACACACUUUGGCAGUUAUGGCAAACGGGCCAUACUCUACAGUCCUCCUUCCUACAGAAAAGUGAGACUUCAGCUCCUCCGGGAUGUUCUUGCUCAGCAUGGCUACAUGGUGGUCAUUGAAGAAAGGCUGGGUGCUAGCCUUCGGUUGGGACUGCUGGGACAAGGAGAUUUGGAGUCUUGGGAUCUGCUUAUUUGCCUGCCUUCUAGGAAAGCUGAUGGGAAACCCUGCUUAUCCACAGAGGACAUAUGCCAGCUAAGUUUACAUCAAAAGAUCAACAUAUUACCAGAAAUACACCAUCAGCUUUGCAGAAAGGAAGGAUUAUGUCAAAUAAUCAGAAGAUUUCCAGAAUUGCGACUCCCAGUAAGUCCCUCUGUGUGUUUGGAUCAGCAAGUACAAUUACAGUCAAGUAUUUCAAGUCACCUCUUAAAACCAGUGAAGCCACAUAUGUGGAAACCAGGGGACUGGCGACGUGAACAGCUGAACCAAACAACAGUCCUUGCCCCACAUGAAACAGUCUUCAGACCUGAGGAGCUAUCUGUGAUUCUUAAAGCAUAUGUGUUGGUGACAUCUUUAUCCCCUUUGCGAGCAUUCAUUCAUUCAACUGGCACAGUGUGGAGUCCACCAAAGAAAAAACGCUUCACUGUCAAGCUGCAGACAUUUUUUGAGACAUUCCUAAGGGCCACUUCACCUCUGCAGGCAUUUGACAACAUGAAGGAAGCUAUUAGCAAACUCCUACUGGCGGCUGAGGUGUUCAGAGAGACAUCUACUUUGGGACCAAAGAACUUCUAUAGAUGUAGAUUAUGUUUUCAGCUUUUAACUUUUGAUAUUGGUUACGGCAGUUUCAGGAACCCUACAGUGCUCCAGGUGCAUGAGCAUUUUCACUUUCAAGAUGAUGGUAAUAUGGAUUUUGAGGACCAAACUAUGGAAGAAUUCCUUGUAAAAGAUACUUUCAAUUUUCUCUUCUCCAAUGAGUCUUCACUUUCCCUAUUUUCUGAGAUAUUUCAGAGACUUUACAGAUCAGGCGUACUUAAGGGUGAAAACUAUGAAAAGGAAUUAAACCAAUGUCUGUCUUUAGAGGAAAUUGACUCAAUUGUGACUUUCAUAAAGGAACUUAGGAGCCUGGGUCAAUUCCAACUGCUCUUCCCAUCCCAAACUCCUGGGAUUCAAUCUCUGCUGCAUGAUUUUUAUGACAUGGCAAGUCCUAUAGGAAAACCUGGCUCAGUCCUGACCCAAUACCAGUCUCUUUUAAAUGUGUUUGAACAAUUUGGGCUUAUGAAUGAAAAGGCACAGCUACAUCCACUGGAAUGGAAUUCUUUUCCAGAAGAUGAGAACAUUGAAAAACCACAAGUGUUAUUUGAUGCAAUUGGAAAUAAAAAAGAUGCAGUUCCACAAAUUAUGAAUGAAAAUAAAAUACAUUGCCGUAAUGAUAAUGACACACCAUGUCAUAUCAAGCAGAUCUUCACACAUCCACAUUUGGACCUAAAUCCUGAAUUUAAUCCAAAGAUCAAAGAUUAUUACACUGAGGUACCAUUUGAUGUGGUAACAGUAACGAUUGGAGCAGAGACUUCCAAGUGUCAGUGCAAGGUGCACCUGCAGGAGCCAGCAGGGCCAAGUUUUGCCAACUACCCUCUGGGAUUAGGAAUAAAUAAAAUCUCAGUGUUUCUGGUGGACGAAUCUCCAGCAGAGGGCAAGACCCUGACCACAUAUAAACUCACCAUCUAUAGAGAAGACCGCCCAAGUCUGCCCUUUUUUGAGGACUUCACAGCAUGUGGUUUUGUGCAGGUAGGUGAAUUUUACAUUUGCACUUUGAGUUGAAUUGGGAAUGAAUUGUUCACGCAGGUGAAAAAUGCCAAAUGGAAUUGUUACAAGAAAUCAUGUACUCUUCAACCCAAACUGUAGUCUCUGUAAAAAGAGUAAGUGCUCCAGGCGGGUAUCUAAGACACCUCAUUGUGAGUAGUGUUCUUUUUAGUGUGGUUGCCACUCCCUGCACUAAUUGUGUUCAGUGGAUUUAUCGUGGUUUCUAUUUUAAAAAAAGGUCUGAGUACUAACACUUAGUUAUGAAAUCAGUUUCACAUUUCCUCUUUAAGUUCUGCUGUUUUUCUUGGAUUCAUCCCUGGGUCUACUUUUGAUAUUUUAAACUAAAUUCAAUGGAAUUCGUUUUAAGAAUGAGGGAAAACUUCUGUAACUUUCUUGCAGAAAGGAUACUGAAUAAAUAAAAUUAAAAUUGCUUCAGGUAGAUACAUUUCUCUUUCACUUCCCAAACCUUAAUCACUUCUCAAGUUUAUAGUUUCCUCUUUGAACAACACAUACCAUUCUGUUGCCUUGUUGGUUUGAGAGAAGGGUGGCUCUUACCCUGAGACUUUGUCUUGUUUAGUGGCUUUCUGCUUUUUCCUUAUUUUUUUUUUGAAGGAUUCUCUGUGUAACCUUCUAUAUUUUCUCACGUCUUGCAUAUGCCCUCACUAGAGAUAAUUCAGGGAAGUUGUAAUUGGUACUCUUAUCAUAUAUCUAUUAAUCCACUUAGAAAGUAUAAUUACAAAUGUACUCAUGUAAUGUCAAAAGAAUGCAUGUGCUACUGGGAGCUUUGAAGUACAGAGAAUUAGAGACAGGGAUGUCCAGCUGGGCCUCAGUGGGUAGGAUAUCAUGUCUGUGUUUUAUCUAAUGGCCAGGCAUAGUAAUUAUUCCCUGACUCCGUCACCACCACUAUCUAAUCUAUUCCCAAGAGCUUAAUACUAUUCCAAAGUACCUUGUUCUUGACUUUUUUAUUUUCCAAGGAAACACAUAUUUCUAAUUUAUGAAUUAUCAUUAAAUCAAAGGGUAUUUCUAAAGAAUGGCAUAACAUAAGACAAAAAUACUAACUAUUUUGAAGGCUAUUAAUAAUCUUUAACAGAUAGAGUUCCAUGGCUAAAUAGGUUUAUGAAGUAAAUCCAUAAACACUGUUUAUGAAUUAUAUAAAGUUAAUUGUGUAUUUUUUAACUAUAGUAUUUCUCUGAACCUUCAAUAUGCUGAUUUGAGUGGAGGUCAUUGAAAAGGAGGGUGUAUGACAUGAUGCACUUUCAUUCUUACUUGAUUUCAAUUUGUUGGAAUGAACAUUAAUAUUAUUUUGUUGAAGAAAUAUUAGAUUAGAGUUUGGAAAAAAUUCAAAAUAUGUUCCCCUAAAUUUUCCACUUUCAUUUUGCUAUGUUUGGGUAGCUAUAUCUCAGUCUUUUCUGAAUUGAAAAACAAAUAGUGCCAUGCCAAAAAUGCUAAAAUGAUGAACAGAAGCUUAGAGGAAGGUGUGUUUGUAUGUGUAUGUGCAUGUUUGUGUUUAUUUCCAAACCAAACAGACUUACUUUUAUGGUGGAGAAAUUUUUCUUUCAGGCACUGCUAGUGGAAUCAUAAAUUGUUUGAUUAGCUUUGAAACAUUUUGGCUAUAUCUACUAAAACUAACCUUAUACAUACCCAGUAAGAUUGUAGGACAAUCUAGCUAUCUACCCAAGAUAAAUGGGAGUUGUACAUCAACAGGCAUAUGCAAAAAACCCUUCAUAUUAGUUUUAUUUAUAAAAGCUAAAAGCAGAAAAUAAUUCAAUAAGAAAGGAGAUGAAUCCAAUACUCAUUGAUGUAUUCAAAGACAAAUGAAUUACUGAUACACACACCAUGAAAGAAUCUUCAAAACUAUGUGAUGAUAAAAAGAAGACAGACAUAUAAAGACACAUUUUAUUAUAUUUUUAUGAAGUUUAAUAACAGGAAAACCAAUUUAUGAUGGUAGAAAUCAGAAUAGUGGUUAGCUGGAAAGCCUGAGCAACUCUUAAGCAAUGGUUAACUAUUUAGGGAAAUGUCCUAAAUCUUGAUCGCGGUUGUGGUUACAUACAUAACCAGGUAGUGUAUAGAUAUGUAAAAAUGUAAUUAACUAUGCACUUAAUAUUAGUGCAAUUUACUUGAUACACACUUUGUAAUAUAAAGGGUAUCAAUGCAGUAUUUGGUGAUAGUUGCAUAUAAAUUUUACCUCAAUAAACUAAGAAAAAUGCUAGUAGUAAAGAACAUAUUGUUACCUAAAAAGACAUGAUUCCCUUCUCAAAUAUUACAUUAAUCAGAAACAAGUUAAUUGCCAUGCAAUUACUUAGAGAAUAGAUUAUUUUAGGAAUUUGUUACUAUAAUAUGA